UGCAGAAAUCAUAGUUUAUUCAGUCGUCGAAGAGAUAGUAUUAAAAAUGAAAGUCAUUUGUGUUGUUCUCAUCGUUUUUAUUGCCAGUGCUAUGGCCGAUCAGUAUGAUGAUGAUCAUCAUCACGGACAUCGUGGCGGACAUCGUGGUGGACAUCGUGGUAGACAUCAUGAACAUGAUAAUGAAUUCGGCCAACAUGGACAACAAUACCCUAACCAAUACCAGGUCGGUCCAGGCGGUCAAUAUCCUGGUGGUCAAUAUCCUGGCGGCCAAUAUCCUGGCGGCCAAUAUCCUGGUGGUCAAUAUCCUGCUGGUCAAUAUCCUGCUGGUCAAUAUCCUGGCGGCCAAUAUCCCGGAUAUGGAGGAGCUGGUCAAUCUCAAGCGUCAUCUCAUGCAUCCGCACAAAGUCAUUCAAAUACCGCUAAUCAAGGGCUAGGAGGCGGAAGUUCGUCAGGUGCUAUGGCUGGAGCAUCAUCUAGUUCAGAAACAGGACAAGUAUAUCAAGGAUAAUAAAGAAAAAGAGCUUUGAUUUUGAAUUGACGAAAUAAAGUUACCAUGAUAUUAAAGAAA